AUGUGGAGCGCUGGUUUCUCAGACUUGAAUGUCAACAACGGCUGCAACUAUGCCCAGGAAGCCAAGAACAUCCUGUUGACCGGCUCUCCUUGCUCCUCUGGCCCCGUCAGUGUUUCGCAGCCGGCAGUUCCCACCUCAACCACAACCUCCAAGCCGCCAGGAAGCUCCCAGACUCCUCCCCCAUCCUCAGGCACCGUUCCUCAAUGGGGACAGUGCGGCGGUAACGGAUACACCGGACCUACCCAGUGCGUUGCGCCCUACAAGUGUGUCGCCACCUCUGAAUGGUGGUCGCAGUGCGAGUAA